AUGGAAGUCUUUCAAGAGUUUGUGAGUGUUAAGAUUGAACCAGAGGAUGAAUUUACCAUCCAAAGCAGUAAUUAUUGUCGAUGUUGCUUCAAAAUGUUGGAAGUUGUUGACAUUUCUUAUUCAACUAAUCUUCAAAUGUUGAAUGCACUGACUGAAAUAACUCAACUAAAUCUUCAGCCUUCGGAUUUUGCCUCAAAUUUUUGUAAUGAAUGUGUUAAUGAUGUUCAACAUUUCAACAGUUUUCGGAAGUUGACAAUCGCUAAACAGAAGAAAUUCUUAAAGAUCAUUCAGAAUGAAAGCUACGAAGAGUUGAAAGAACUUCACACUUUUACUCUCACGAACAUUGCAAAUGAUCAUCUGCAGCCAGUAGUGAAACUUGAAAGAAUAAAUAUUCCUUCAAAAUUGGAGGAAGAAUUAAAAUUAGACGAGUUGGAACUAACUACUCCAAUUUCAAAGCAACCUAAAAUUAAACGAAAGGUAAAAGGAAAAUUAGAAGUUUGUCCUGUUUGUUCAACAGAAGUAACUAAAUUGACUACACACAUGCUACGUUAUCAUCCCUUUUUUUGUGAAUAUUGUGACUUUAGAGGACCAAAUCAAUUGAGAUUGGAAAAACAUAUUAGGACCAAACAUAAAAAUACAUUCAAACCAGUUUGUCCGAUUUGUUGUAAAGUGUUAAAAAAUAACGUAGAACGUCACAUUAAAAUCGUUCACGAAAACGUCAAGAAUUAUUAUUGUGACUUAUGUAAUUAUGGAGUUUUUAAUAAAACUGGACUUUUACGGCAUAUGCAAUAUCAACAUUUACCGAAAAAUCUACAAUGCACUGAAUGUGAUUAUAUGACUGGAGUAAAGCGACAGUUAAAGAAACAUUUUAAGAAGAAUCACAAUCAGGAAGAAAUUAAAAAGCAUUUGGUGACUUGUCCAUUAUGUGGAAACAUUUAUAAAAAUCAACAUUCUCUCGAUGGGCACAUCAAACGAGUUCAUCAAAACAUAAGAAACUUUACUUGUGAUAUGUGUGAUUAUAGAACUUGCACAAAAGCUGAACUGAAUAUACAUAAGAAUAACAAGCACAGUUCAAAAGCAGAUUUCACAUGCGAAGUUUGUGGAAAAGUUUUUUUCUCACAACACUCGCUAAAUAUUCACAGGAAAAUUCAUGGAGAAAAGUCCUUCAUAUGCGAUAUGUGUGAUUACAAAACCUCUACAAAAGCUAGUUUGUCCACACAUAAUCUCAACGUACACAAAUCUCAGCGAGAUCAUGUUUGUGAGAUUUGCGCUAAAGGCUUUUUUACAAAGCACAGACUCGAUGAUCAUAUAAAAAUUCACGGAAAUAAACGUUUCAAAUGUAAUAGGUGUGAAAAACGUUUCCUGGUCAAAAGUAGGAUGAGAGAACAUGUAGAAAGAGUUCAUCUUAAAAUGAGGCAUUACGUUUGUGGUGAAUGCGGUAAACGUUUUUCAUCUUCUUAUAAACUAAACAUUCAUAAACUGGAACAUGCAGGAAUUCGCUUUCCUUGCUUCGUUCCUGAUUGUAAAUCGACAUUUUCCAAUAAAGAUGGUUCAGUGUUUCAUUUGAGACAUAGUCAUAAAUUAAAUAAAGAUGAACAUAAAAUUUACAAAGAAAAAUUGGACGAGUUCAACGAAUCACUCAAAAAGUUUAAAUAG